AUGCCCCCCAAACCAACAAUAGCCAUAGCAGGCGGAACAGGCCACCUAGGAAAACACAUAACAACCGCCCUCCUCAGCACACCCUUCAUAAACUCCUUCACCUCCAUAAUCCUCCUUACCCGCUCCGAGACCUCCCCCUCCAGCUUCAACAUCCCCUCCAACCCCAAACUCCAACUCCGCAAAUACACCCCAACCAACCUCGCAGACAGCCUCAACGACAUCGACAUCCUGAUCAACGCCAUCGGCCCGUCGGGCCACAAUUUCAAAGAAACCCUCCUCCGCACCAUCCCCAAAACCAACGUCAAGAUGUACAUCCCCUCCGAAUUCGGGGUAGACCACUACAUCCACGACUUCCCGCAUCUAGAAUGGGACGCGAAGAAGCGGCAUGAUGAGCUCGCGCGGGAGAUAUUGGAUCCUGGUGUGAAGGUGUGUCGGGUGUUUUGUGGACUGUUUUUGGAGGAUAGUAUUGGGCCUUGGUUUGGGUUUGAUACCCGGGAUGGACGGUAUGAGUGUGUUGGGUCGGCCGGGGAGGUGGUUUCGUUUACGGGGCUGGGGGAUGUAGGAAGGGUUGUGGCGGGGCUUUGUGGGUUGUUUGCGGAGGGAGGUGCUGGGGUAGUGCCGGAUGUGUUGCAUGUUGCAGGGGAUACGAGGUCUGUUUUUGAUGUUGCGAGGAUUAUGGAGAGGGAGGGGGGUGGGCCGAUUGAGGUUACUGAGGUAGCCUUGGAGGAGUAUAAGGAGAGGGUUACUAAGGUGGUAGGGAGUGAUCCGGCUCCUUAUUUGAGGUUUCUCAUCGGGGAGGGGAAGAUUAAUCAUUCUUCGGCUGGGUUGGGGUGUGAUAAUGAGGUGGUGAAUCCCGGGGAGCGGGUUUGGAAGUGGAAGUCUUUGGAGCAGUUGGCGAGGGAAACUCAGGGGAGGCCAUGGAGGGAUCUUGAGUGGCCGAGUAAGUGA